UACAGAGAUAAGUCAUUAUUUGUAGUUGUUUUUAAUGGGAUCCGAAGUGUACUCAAGCUGGCAUAUACCAGAGUGAAAUUCGUAGCCAUAGUUUUCCCAAGUUCAGCCAGGUAGACUUAGGUCCUGUUCUUAAGACUCUGCAUGAACCUUCAUACUCCAGGGCUGUGUUCAGGCUGUCUCCUGCUUACAGUUGCCUCUCUCCACCAGAUCUCCCUGCCAGAUGCUGUUCAUCCUGUAGCUUUCACUUCAUGACCCACUGCUACAUGAUGCUUCUUUUGGUUGUUGUAGCUCACUAGUUCCCAAAUGUUUGAAAAGCUUGUACUGGUAAAAACUUAAAAACACAUUUUGUAAAGCCACAUUAAAAAUGAUUCUGUCACCAUAAUUAUAUUAAAAGAAAUUAUAUUUUUACAUCCAAAGGGCAGGAGGAUCAUGGCAUCAGAUAAAUGACAGUUUUUAUAAUUGAAUUAAAUACCUUUGUGUUGAAAAUACCAUACACCAUUACUGUUUUUCUUACUCUGCUGCUGACUGGCAAGAUUUCAUUGAAGAUUGUCCACAGAUAGUCAGAACCAUAGCCUUACCUUAGAAUGAAGUCUUCAAUUUGCAAACCUGCAGCAUUUUGUUUUACCCGUUAUUUAUUUCCUUAUUACAGCUCACAGUUGCCUGUUUACCUUUACAUUAAAUUAUGUUUUGUCUCCUUGACUAGGUUGUAAGCUCCUUAAGAGCAGCCAUUAUCUAUAUGUAUUUAGAUUACUCAUAAAUAUGUGUUGAGUGAGGUAAAUUUAGAUGCCUCAGAUGAUAGUUGAAAUCUAGAAAUAUUUAUAGAACAUACAUUUGAGUCUAUUACAGCUCUGAAUGUUUAUUUCUCCAGGAAGAGAAGUUUUAAUAUGAAUCAUGAGUCUCUUACUCAUCUCUCUCCUUAGAGAAUUUCAUUCAGUUAACAAACUUACACUUGUUAAAAGCCAGGCCUUUUGUUGCGGGCCUGGGAAUAACAGUCUAGUGGGUAAUAUGUACAUAGAAGUAGAAAGUGGCAUACCACCUGGGAAGCUUUAUAAUAAAGCUUGGAAACAAGUCUUCUGAUCUUGUGGAGAGCAGUUGAGUUAGGGAAAGCCUCAAAAGAGGAGACAUUUGUCCAUUCAUUCACUUACCCGUUUACUCAGUAAAUCUCUGUUAAGUGCCACUUGGCCAAGCACUGGUCUAGGUGCAUCUUUGAUGAACAGGACAUUGUUAGAAGACAACACAUUUUGGGCAGGGAAAUUGUGACCAAGAACAUGCCCUUUUGAGGCAAAACCCAGAAACCACGUUUGAAGUAUAUGUGGAGGUGGCCUAUCCUAGGACAGGUGGCAAUCUUUCAGAUCCUGAGGUGCAGAGGCAAUUCCCGGAGGACUACAGUGACCAGCUAUCUCCCCUGGUUCGAGGUGUUUUACAAAUUACUUAACAUCCUGGCAGAUUAUACGACAAAAAGACAGGAAAGUCAGUGGAAUGAACUUCUUGAAACUCUGCACAGACUUCCCAUCCCUGACCCAGGCAUGUCUGUUCAUCUCAGUGUGCAUUCUUACUUUACUGUGCCUGACACCCGAGAGCUUCCCAGCAUUCCCGAGAAUAGAAAUCUGACAGAAUAUUUUGUGGCUGUGGAUGUCAACAACAUGCUACAUCUGUACGCCAGCAUGCUGUACGAGCGCCGGAUCCUUCUUGCCUGCAGCAAGCUGAGCACGUUGACUGCUUGUAUUCACGGCUCGGCCGCAAUGCUCUACCCCAUGUACUGGCAGCACGUGUACAUCCCCGUGCUGCCUCCACACCUGCUGGACUACUGCUGUGCUCCCAUGCCCUACCUCAUAGGAAUCCAUUUAAGUUUAAUGGAGAAAGUCAGAAACAUGGCACUAGAUGAUGUUGUGAUCCUGAACGUGGACACCAACACUCUGGAAACACCCUUUGAUGACCUCCAGAGCCUCCCAAAUGACGUGAUCUCUUCCCUGAAGAACAGGCUGAAGAAGGUCUCCACAACCACAGGCGACGGGGUGGCCAGAGCCUUCCUCAAGGCCCAGGCUGCUUUCUUUGGUAGCUACCGAAACGCAUUGAAAAUUGAGCCGGAGGAGCCCAUCACUUUCUGCGAGGAGGCCUUCGUGUCACACUAUCGCUCUGGAGCCAUGAGACAGUUCCUACAGAACGCCACCCAGCUGCAGCUCUUCAAGCAGUUUAUUGAUGGCCGACUAGACCUCCUGAAUUCUGGUGAGGGCUUCAGCGAUGUCUUUGAAGAGGAGAUCAACAUGGGUGAAUAUGCUGGCAGUGAUAAACUGUACCAUCAGUGGCUCUCCACGGUCAGGAAAGGAAGUGGAGCAAUUCUGAAUACUGUGAAAACAAAAGCAAACCCAGCUAUGAAGACCGUCUACAAGUUCGCAAAAGAUCAUGCAAAAAUGGGAAUAAAAGAGGUGAAAAACCGCUUGAAGCAAAAGGACAUCACAGAGAAUGGCUGUGCCCCCACUGCAGAAGAAUCACUGCCCAGGACUGCACCAUCCCCACUGGUGGAAGCCAAGGACCCCAAACUGCGAGAAGACCGGAGGCCAAUCACAGUCCACUUCGGGCAGCCACAAAGACUUCAUCCCACUCGGCCGCCGCCUCCCAAGAUCCAGCGCUGGAGGCCCGUGCGCCCUCCCCGUCCACAUGUGGUCAAGAGGCCGAAGAGCAACAUCGCCAUGGAAGGCCGGAGGACAUCGGUCCCCAGCCCCGAGCACCUGGUAAAGCCUUUGCGACACUACGCGGUCUUCCUGUCCGAGGACUCCUCUGACGAUGAGUGCCAGCGGGAAGACGCCGCGGGCGCUGGCUUCACCGACAGCUUUUUCUUCUCUGCUCCCUUUGAAUGGCCGCAGCCGUACCGGACACUCAAGGAGUCAGACAGCGCGGAAGGCGACGAGGCGGAGAGCCCUGAGCGGGCCGGGCGGGAGCCCUGGGGCUCAGCGCCAGCGCCUCCUGACCGGGCUUCCAGCGUGGACCUCCUGGAAGAUGUCUUCAGCAGCCUGGACAUGGAGGCGCCGCUGCAGCCCCUGGGCCAGGCCAAGAGCUUGGAGGACCUCCGGACCCCCAAAGACUUGCGGGAGCAGCCGGGGACCUUUGACUACCAGAGGCUGGACCUGGGCAGGAGCGAGAGGAGCCUGGGGAUGGCGAUGGCCUUGAAGCUCAGCCACCCGUACAACAAGCUCUGGAGCCUGGGCCAGGACGACAUGGCCCUCCCCAGCAAGCCUCGGGCCGCCUCCCCAGAGAAGCCCUCCGCCCCGCCUGUUCACUCCCCAGCCCUGCCCGGAAAGCUGCCCAGUCUCCUGAACCCCAGCAACAAGGAGGAGGCCCCGGCCCCGACUCCAGGUAGCAUCACCAUUCCCCGGCCACAGGGCAGGAAGACCCCCGAGCUGGGCAUCGUGCCGCCGCCGCCCACCGCCCGCCCGGCCAAGCUCCCGGCCGCCGGCGCCGCCCAGGGCGACUCCUCAGACCAGCUGCAGAUGGACUGGGAGAGCCCAGCACGGUUCCCGGGGCUCCUCCCCAGCGUGGCCCCCCAAGGCCCCGGUGAACUGCUGCAGCCCCUCAGCCCAGCCCCAGGGGUUACGAGCACAGGCAGCGAUGCCCUGCUUGCCCUCCUGGACCCGCUGAACACAGCCUGGUCAGACAGCGCUGUCCCGCCACACCCUGCCACCCCAAAAGUGGCCACCCCAUUCACCCCUCAGCUCAGCUUCCCCCCCACUGGGACCCCCACCCCCUUUCACCAGCCGCCACUCAACCCCUUUGUCGCGCCCAUGCCCGUGGCACCCUCCAGCCUGCCCUUCGCCUCCUGCCCGGCCCCACCUUUUGGGGCCCCGCCAGCAUUUGCCCCCAGCCUCCUCUCAUCCAGUUCCGGCUUCUGUGCCCCUCACAGACCUCAGCCCAGCCUGUCUGCCCUCUCCAUGCCCAACCUCUUUGGCCAGAUGCCCGUGAGUGCCCACACCAGCCCUCUGCAGCCACUUGGCCCCCCAGCGGUCGCCCCCUCGAGGAUCCGAACAUUGCCCCUGGCCCGUUCCAGUGCCAGGUCCGCGGAGGCCAAGCAGGGGCUGGCCCUGAGGCACGGGGAGCCCCCACUCCUGCCCCCCAGGCCCCCGCAGGGCUUGGAGCCAGUGCUGCAGCCCUCGGCGCCCCCGCAGGCCCGAGACCCCUUUGAGGAUUUGUUACUGAAAACCAGGCAGGACGUGAGCCCGGCCCCGGCCCCGGGCUCGGUGGAGCAGCUGCGGAGGCAGUGGGAGACGUUCGAGUGAGGCCAGGCUCCCCCGCCGCCUUCGCCGAGUUGCACUGGGGGGAGGGGACCCUCUGCCCUCCGUCCCACACUGCUCGCCUCUGGGGGCUGGCCCUGGGGAGGGGUGCCUCGCAGCCUGGGAGCUGCCCCACCUGCCUCAGCACCCCGCCUGGGUCUUGCACUAGAAGUCAGCUGGGCCGAAUGCCCAGAUCAGUCCCAGCACCUUCCCUCCAGACACCCCACAGGGAGCAGAGGGCUCCGGAGCCCACCUCCCACCCCCACGGGCAUCCGUGUUAGCUCGGUGUGAGCGUACCUGUGGGAGACGCAGGCGGUCGGGGCCUGAUGUGAGGGUCCCUCCCAGGUUGGGGGGCCUCCCUGGUGGGCGUCUCCACACUCUCUAGCAAUACUCUGGUUCUUUCAUGAGUCUCCACCCAACCCCCCAAGUGUCACUUGUUUCUGGGGGCCAAGGGUCCAGGGACCCCUGUGAUGGCCAAACCCAGCCGGGACUGGGAGCACCAGCAACUCUACAGAACAGGAGGACUCCAGAUCCAGAUGUGGGAGGAGCCCCACCCCGACUCUCAUUACCCAAUGCCUCCAGGCUCUCCUGGUCCCUGUCUGUCAAGGCCUGGGCUCCAACUCCUAUACUUGGGGCUUGAUGGGCAGAGCUGGCAGCAAUGAGCCUGCUUCCAGCUCAGAAGCCAGGCCCAGUGCCAGAUCCUGGUGGGGUGGCACAGCACCUGGACCCCCGGUCGGGGCCAGGCAGGCCCCCGUGGAGUGGGCGAGACCGGGAAAGGGCGGGGGGGGUGGCAGCUGGCCCUCCCCGUCCAUCUCAAUCAAGCUGCUUGCCAGCACAAAUUCCUGAGGCCAACACCACCAAAGUGAGACUGUAAUGUUUUGUUGUUUCUUUUAUCUUUUCCUUUUGACCUUAUUGAUUUGAUGAAUCUUGAAAAUUGACUCCUUUCAAUAAACCAAGUUAAAACAUGGCCUCACCA